GCCUUUGCAGGGUUCACAAGGAACUGGAAGCCAUCUCCUCUUCUAACCAGUCUGUUCUUUGCUGGACAUGUUUGUGUUUGGUUCCAAAUACAGCUUUGAUCUCUCGAAUCAGAAUUUAGGAUUGCAGUUUCCUGGUGGGCUCAUCAUUUCAUCCUCAAAUUUUGGUUCUGUUUUCUUAUAGCUUCAUGGGACAGUUACUUUCCCUGGAUUUCUUGUCUUAAAGCGUUUUGUCCAGAUGGGUGGUGAAAAGUUUGGAUUUUUCGUUUUGCUUUCUUCGAUUUCUUGCUUGAUUUGCAUCUGCCAUGGAUUCACACCUGUGGAUAAUUACCUCAUCAACUGUGGAUCACCCGACAAUGCCACGCUUCUCGGUAGAGACUUCAUGUCGGAUAAGUUAGCCUCGAAGCUCCUCACCACUCCACAAGAGAUCCUCGCUAGUAGCACCAACUCAGAUUCUGAUAUUUACCAGACAGCGAGAGUUUUCACAAAGGCAUCAAAGUACAGUUUCUCUGUCCGCACAGGCCGCCACUGGAUUCGGCUCCAUUUCAAUCCAUUCAAUUACCAGAACUUCCAAAUGGGUACAGCCAAGUUUGCCGUUUCCUCAGAAAAACAUGUUCUCCUCAAUGAUUUCACAGUGAAGUCCAGAGUUGUGAAGGAAUACUCUCUAAAUGUGACCAGUGGUGAGCUCGUGCUCACUUUUACGCCCUCUGGGAAUUCUUUUGCCUUUGUGAACGCGAUUGAAGUUGUUUCUGCUCCCGACACGUUGGUCACCGACGAUGCUAUGUUCAUAGGAAAUCCGGGGAAGUUUCAGGGCUUAAUAUGGCAGGCCCUCGAGACAGUUGCUAGGGUGAAUAUGGGUGGACCCGCCGUCACACCUAAUAAUGAUACCCUUUCAAGAACUUGGGUGUCUGAUUCAGAUUUCAUCCUGGAGAAGAAUCUUGCUAAAAGCGUGUCCAAGAUGGAAUCUGUUAAGUAUCUCCCGGGUUAUGCGACCGAGGAUACUGCACCAAGAUCUGUCUAUGGAACCUGCACGGAGAUGAACUCGGCAGAUAACCCGAAUAGCAUUUUCAACAUCACGUGGGUGUUCGAUGUUGAUCCGGGUUUCCAGUACUUCCUCCGUUUUCAUCUCUGCGAUAUCGUGAGUUUGUCUCUGGACCAGCUCUACUUCAAUCUUUACGUCGACUCCAAGUCUGUGGUUGAAGAUCUUGAUCUGAGCGUUUAUUUGUCCAACAAUCUGGCCGGUGCUUACUUCAUGGAUUACGUGACUCAAUCCCCCAAGGGCAGUAACAAGAUUCGUGUGAGCAUUGGUCCGUCAACUGUUCACACCGAUUAUCCGAACGCCAUCAUGAAUGGAUUAGAGAUCAUGAAGGUGAAUAACUCGAUGGGUCAGCUCAGUGGCGGGACAUUUGUGCCAAGUAGUUCAAGCACUAAGAAGAAUGUCGGUUUAAUCGUCGGCGCAACUGUUGGCCCUUUACUUGCAUUUCUGGUUUUGGGAGGUAUCUUUGUGUUGUACAGGAAAAGGAGGAGGCAUGGCCAUGGACAAGAUGCUCAUUCAAAGACAUGGAUUCCUCUGUCUACAACUGCAACUUCAGCUACAAUGGGAAGUGGAUACUCAAAUGGAACUACACUCGCAAGUAUAACUUCCAACGUAGGAUACCGAAUUCCCUUUGCGGCGGUUAAAGAGGCCACCAAUAACUUCGACGAGAGCCGGGUUAUCGGGAUAGGUGGCUUUGGCAAAGUUUACAAGGGAGAGCUGAACGAUGGAACGAAAGUUGCUGUCAAAAGAGGAAACCCCAAGUCUCAGCAAGGGCUUGCUGAGUUCAGGACAGAAAUCGAGUUGCUGUCUCAGUUUCGCCACCGUCAUUUGGUUUCUCUGAUCGGAUACUGUGACGAAAACAAUGAGAUGAUUCUGGUUUACGAGUACAUGGAGAACGGAACGUUAAAGAGCCAUCUUUAUGGCUCGGGCCUUCCUAGCUUGACUUGGAAGCAGCGGCUUGAGAUUUGCAUUGGAUCGGCUAGAGGGUUGCAUUACCUUCACACCGGUUAUUCAAAAGCUGUCAUUCACAGAGACGUGAAAUCCGCGAAUAUAUUGCUGGAUGAGAAUCUCAUGGCUAAAGUCGCAGACUUUGGAUUGUCAAAGACUGGACCCGAGAUCGAUCAGACCCACGUGAGUACGGCUGUAAAGGGAAGUUUUGGAUAUCUCGACCCGGAGUAUUUCCGAAGGCAACAGCUCACGGAGAAAUCGGAUGUGUAUUCUUUCGGGGUCGUUCUGUUCGAGGUUCUGUGCGCAAGACCGGUCAUAGACCCGACACUUCCGAGAGAAAUGGUGAAUCUUGCCGAGUGGGCGAUGAAAUGGCAGAACAAGGGACAGUUGGAACAGAUCAUCGAUCAAUCACUCCGGGGGAAGAUCAGACCCGAUUCUCUCAGGAAGUUUGCGGAAACAGCGGAGAAAUGCUUGGCUGACUUUGGAAUUGAUAGGCCCGCCAUGGGAGACGUGUUGUGGAAUCUCGAAUACUCGUUGCAGCUACAGGAAGCAGCCACUGAUGGCGGCGACCCUGAAGAGAACAGUACGAACAUGAUCGGAGAGUUGCCUCCUCAGAUUAACAAUUUCAGCCACGGAGACACGAGCGUUAACGUUCCGGCGGCAGGGCAGUCAGAGGAAUCAAACAUCGACGAUCUCUCGGGUGUCUCCAUGAGUAAGGUUUUCUCACAGCUGGUGAAAUCCGAAGGAAGAUAGAUUGAUCGAUUCUUGCAACUGGGAAAUUGUCUGGAAAACGAAAGAUUUGAGGUUUUUUUGUCCGAAAGAGUGGAGGAGAUUGGAUUUCGUACACUCGUUCUUGUUCUUUGUGUACAUUAUUAACUGUGAGGAGCAUGGGAUAAUCGAAGAAACCCACCCAGUAUCGAAAACUGGAUAAAGUUUUUUUCUUUCUUUCCCCCUUUGAGGUUUUUGCACAAUGAUUGAUGUUUUUUUUUUCUGAAGCUUGUUUAUUUCCUUGGUAUUUGUUUCAUUGCAGUGUAAGUGUUACAGAAUCUAAAGAUGCUCUUGAAUCGUCUUUAUUGAUUUCAA